CUUUGUGUGUGCCUCUGUUCGUGUUUUUGUUCCGUUCCGUGCAGCAGUGGUAACAUCAGUGGUGCGUGCAGAACAUCCACAUUAUUUCAUAGUUUUAUUGUAUUUAAUUGAAUUCAAUCAACCUCUGUGUGCAAUUGAUCAAAAUGUUCGCCAGAUAUUCAUCCGGUAUUGUCCGUUCCACCCAGCUUUGCCGGUUCCAAAGUACACUGGUGCUGGCCGAACACAACAAUGAUACCCUGAACCCGAUCACGGCCAAUGCUGUGACCGCUGCCAAGAAACUGGGCGGAGAUGUGACCGUACUGGUCGCCGGUACCAAGGUCGGCUCGGUGGCCGAAGCCGCCGCCAAGUUGGAUGGCGUGUCCAAGGUGCUGGUAGCGGAAGGCGCUGCCUUCAACGGACAGGUAGCGGAGGCCCUGACCCCACUGGUCCUGGCCACCCAGAACCAGUUCAAGUUUACCCACAUCCUGGCGGGAGCGUCCGCUAUGGGAAAGGCCGUUCUGCCACGGAUCGCUGCCAAGCUGGAUGUUUCGCCCAUUUCCGAAAUCAUCGACAUUAAGUCGGCGGAUACCUUCGUCAGGACGAUCUAUGCCGGAAACGCCAUCCAAACAAUCAAGAGCAAGGACCCAGUCAAGGUGGUCACCGUCCGUGGAACCAACUUCGAAGCGGCCGGAUCCGGCGGAAGCGCAGCCACCGAAAAGGCUCCGGAAGGCGACUACAAAACCGACCUGACGGAAUUCGUUAGCCAGGAACUGACCAAGUCCGAUCGGCCAUCGCUGACCGCUGCCAAGAUUGUCAUCUCCGGUGGGCGUGGCAUGAAGUCUGGCGACAACUUCAAAAUGCUGUACGACCUGGCCGACAAGUGGGGAGCAGCCGUGGGUGCCUCUCGUGCCGCCGUUGAUGCCGGUUUCGUACCGAAUGAUUUGCAGAUCGGUCAAACCGGUAAGAUUGUCGCUCCGGAGCUGUACGUUGCCGUCGGUAUCUCCGGUGCCAUUCAGCAUCUAGCCGGCAUGAAGGACUCGAAGACGAUCGUUGCCAUCAACAAGGACCCGGAGGCACCGAUCUUCCAGGUUGCCGACUACGGCCUGGUCGCCGAUUUGUUCAAGGCUAUUCCGGAGAUCAACGAAAAGUGCUGAAAACCAGUGAACGCGCAGAAAUAUGUAGGUUUAAACUACCCCCAACUCCCCCAAUCAGGUUCAACGUUCUAUUUCGAAUGGGUACUAUUCGGCAUACAACAAUCAGUAGCACACUCUUCGUUCGAAGUGAAAUUGUUAGAAAACGAAUGCAUUUCCUCUUGUUAUGAAAUAAAAGUGAGAUUUUUUGUAUGACUAAAUAA